GGGGACUCUUAAAGUGCAACUACUCCCAGAAGCUUCUUCGGCUACAGAUAUGUGGAUCAAGACGGGUAGUCAAGGACCUUUAUGGAGGAAUGCUCAAAUUGAUUACUCUGCCACGAAAUACUAUGAGCUGGCUUUUGUUGCGGACAGGAACGUUACUUCGACCUCUUACGGACAAAGUUAUGUCGCCAUUGAUGAUGUCGUUUUCACGGAUGCAGCUUGCAGCACUCCCAUGUCCACAACUCCGUCAGAUCACACGAGAACAACACCAAGAACAUUUGGCCCCACCUCGUAUGACUGUGACUUUGAACAGAACACGACUUGCCAGUGGACCCAGGACACUACUGACGAUUUCAACUGGGAUAUUCAGAAAGGCAGAACAAAUUCUUACAACACUGGACCUUUGGCAGAUCACACAUCUGGAACUGGAACAUAUAUCUAUACAGAGAGUUCAGGCAAGUCAAAGAACGACACAGCUCGGCUGAUCAGCCGUGACAUCAGCGUGCCAGCAGACGGCAUCUGCCUUGUGUUCUGGUACAACAUGCACGGAGGUGACAUUGGCACGCUGAACGUCUAUGCUAGUCAGGGAGGCUCCCGAGGAAAUCCACUGUGGUCGCGAGUAGGAGAUCAAGGACAGCGUUGGAUGCUCAGCACCAUUCACAUCACAACAGCUAUCUUGCAACACCCUGCUAGCCCCUCAAUAAAGAUGGUGUUUGAAGGUGUCAUGGAAUCUGGAUACCAAGGAGACAUUGGCCUUGAUGAUAUUGAGCAACACACGGGAUCCUGUUUGGAACAUGGAGGUUUGUGUGACUUUGAGGACAGCAAAAUCUGCGGAUUUACCAAUGAUGCAACUGCAGACUUCUCUUGGACAAGAGCCAGUGGUUCUACAGAUUCGUACGGAACUGGUCCCAAGUCUGACCACACCUAUGACUCCGCUGCAGGAUCCUACAUUUACACAGAAGCAUCUUCCCCCCGAGUGGCGGGAGAUGUCGCUCGUGUCAUUGGACCAGUGCAUAGUCCCACCACUGCGAAAUGCGCCAAGUUUUUCUACCAUAUGUAUGGCACUAGCAUGGGCACUCUGAAAGUGUAUCUUAAAAGCCAAAACCGACUGAACCCGCCUGUAUUGACGCUCAGUGGGAACCACAAGGAUUCUUGGCUGCCCGCCGAAUUUAACAUCAGCAGCAGCGUCAGUUACCAGAUUGUGUUUGAGGGAACGGUCAACGGAAUAGCCAGCGACAUGGCCAUUGAUGACCUCUCUAUUUCGGAUGGUCCUUGUCCUGCCCCGGGGUCAUGUGACUUUGAAAACGGUUUCUGCCUAUACAGCAACAGAGAGGGUACAGAUGAUUUCGACUGGGACAUCAAUCAAGAUCCAGCUGAUAACUUUUAUUCUAGCCGUGGCCCCUAUGCAGACCACACACUGGGAGUCCAGGGUCACUUCAUGAUAGCGUACUCAGAUAAGAGUAACAAGGGUGACACUGCGCAGCUCAUAUCAGAGGCACUACCCUCAACCAAUGGCUCAUGCCUGACCUUCUUUGUCUACUUCGACACUGGAUUCAUCACUUCAAUCUCUCAGGGGUCUUUGACUGUUCUCUUAGAUGAUGAUAUCUUAGGCGACAGCCACCUCAUACAUAAAAUGACAGUCAGCAAAUAUUCAGGAGCUUUUGUAUGGGAUCAAAAACAGUUGAACAUCACAUCCAGUAAGCCGUAUCAGAUCUUGUUUGAAGCCAAAACAGGAGACCCACUCUACGGUGACAUUGCUUUGGAUGAUAUUACAGUCAGUCCAGGGCUGUGCUCCGGACCUCCCCCGAGGUUUCAAUGUAGUGACGGCUCUGGGAAAUCUCUGCCAGCAGAUCAGGUGUGUGACUUCAAAGCCGAUUGUAACUCAGGCUCUGACGAAGCCCACUGCGGAAGUUGUACCUUUGAGCAGGAUACGUGUGGCCUGGCCAGUGUUUCUGAUGGUUCCUACCGCUGGAAGCAAGCCAAGGACUCGACAGCACCUGACGUGAUGGAGAGGUUUGGUGCGGAUCACACCUUUGGUAACACGAGUGGCCACUUUAUGUACGUGAGCGGAAGUUCCGGACGUUAUGAUAACUGGGCAACACUGGCCACACCGACUUUGCCACCAACGUAUGAGAAGUGCCAGCUUGAGUUCUACUACCAGCGCACAGGUGGCAACCUGAGAGUUUCUGUCCAGGUGGGAUCUCAUGUUGUGGAGCUGUGGACAGCCAGCAUUCCUUAUGUCACCAAGGGCUGGACCAAGGCUGAUAUCCUCAUUGGUCAUCACCAUGCCAACAUUGUUGUAUUUAUUGAAGGCACAAAAGAUUUUGCAAGCAAGGGUUCUGUAGCCAUUGAUGACAUCACAUUCGUCAACUGUGCUAGCCCGGCCGCCUCUUCCAGCCCUUGUGGAGCCAACCAGGUCAAAUGCCAAAACGGCGUGUGCAUUGAUGAAAUCUAUAUGUGUGAUUUGUCUGACGACUGUGGUGAUGGCACUGACGAGUCUCCUGCCAAUUGCUCCUCCUCUACUCAGUGCACCUUUGAAUCUGGCUUUUGUGGCUGGAUGCAAGACACUAAGGAUCAACUCGACUGGACGCGCAACAAAGGGAAAACACCGUCAUUUGCCACGGGCCCAUCUAUCGAUCAUACCACGGGACUAGACACGGGCUAUUAUAUUUACGUUGAGACAUCCAGUCCAGCUAUAACAGGCCAGAAGGCACGGCUGUUGAGUCCAGUCAUUGAUGCAGCUCAGACCUCUGAUGGUUGCCAUCUAACCUUCUAUUACCACAUGCUAGGCGCUACUAUAAAACCCUUGAAUAUCUACACAGCCACAGAGGAUGGUGGUUAUCCCAAUUUAAUUUUUACCAGACAAAGUUCAAGUCAAGACUUCUGGGAUCGGGAGAUUCUCUCCCUCAGCAGCAGCAAACCUUUCCGAGUGAUUCUGGAAGGCGUUGCUGGGUCUUUUGAAGGCGACAUGGCCAUUGAUGAUGUAUCACUGUCUUCUGGCUGUAAAAUGCUCUCUUCUGGUUCUACUCUUCCCACACCAGGCUAUGCUGUUAGCACUAUAAGCACCUUGGCUCCCUGCGCCAGUGGUAGUUUCCGUUGUAACAGUGGAGAAUGCAUCUCUCCGGCUUUUGUCUGCGAUUCCAAGAAAAACUGCGCUGAUAAUUCAGAUGAACUGAUCUGCGGCAAUUGCACGUUUGAAGCAGGUCUAUGUGGCUGGAAGUACGCAAGCUCAGGUCCAUACAGAUGGUCCAUGAGCUACCUUCAGAUGAUGGGAGUAGCUGGGCCAAGGACUGACGUCAAUGUGCAGACAUCCAAAGGACAUUACAUUUAUGUUCGGCCAGAUUAUGGUCUUUUGUCGUCACCAGCUGUGAUCCGCUCGCCUCCCCUUGGGCCCAUUGGUAGUACAUGCACAUUGAAGUUCAAGUACCAUAUUGGACAACGUGCUGGUAGGCUCAAUGUCUCUGUUGGAAUAGGAGGUAACAUGGUGCUAGUGUGGACCAGGCCCAGCUCCGCAAUAAGCUGGAGUUCUGUCUCUGCUUACAUUGGACGCUUUGCUGGCCCCAUGCCUGAAGGGGCCCAGGUUGAAAUUUCCUUUGAAGCCGAUCAGACUAGGACUGCAAGCAAUCAAGAUUACGCUGCCAUUGAUGACAUUGUUUUUGAGUACUGUAGAGCUGCAGAACGCCCACCCAGUUUGGCUUGCAGUUUUGACUCAAACACUUGCAACUGGAAACAAAAAAAUGGGGAUGUUUUUGAUUGGACAAGACAAACGGGCUCGAGCUUUAUAUUUGGCACAGGUCCAAAAAGUGGACAUGGAGGCAGGGGGUAUUACAUGUAUGUGGUAGACGAUAUGUCCCGCAAGGCAAAUGACACAGCAGAUCUUGUAAGCCUUCAAGCCCCUGCUACUGAUCCCUCUGGCUUCUGCUUCUCGUUCUGGGCAUAUAUGCAUGGAUAUGAUAUUGGUACCUUACAGUUGAAGGCUACUUAUGAUUAUGGUACUGAUGAUGUUUUGUGGUCACAUACAGGGACUGUUGGUGACCGGUGGUUUCAGCAAAACGUCUUCGUCAACAUGACCAAAGGGUACAAAUUACUUUUCAGAGCCACUGUAGCAGGCUCUUUUGGUGGUGGUGGUAUUGCCAUUGAUGACAUUGCAACUACUCGUGGAAAAUGUCCAUCGCUGCGAGAGUGCACCUUUGACUUCGGCUUCUGUGACUUGGUGCAAGAGACUAACGAUGACUUUGACUGGUCUCUUGGAAGUAGGUUAACCGCAUCAUCUGGUACAGGCCCAAGCACCGACCACACCUUUGGCUCAAGUUCUGGACAGUACGCCUAUAUUGAUGUGUCUGGAAAAACCCAAAAUCAAACUGCUGUCUUAAAGACAAAAACAUAUCAUCUCUACUCUGCCUGCUUGACUUUCUGGUAUCAUAUGUAUGGCUCAGAUAUUGGAGCUCUGAGGGUGUACAAAAAGUUGGGCAACUAUUCACGGUCUCAAAUCUGGCAUCUGGAAGGGGAUCAAGGAAACACAUGGAACAGAGCCACUGUAAAAGUAUAUGGCAGAAGUUCACCCUUGGAGUUUCAAUUUGAAGGUGUAGUUGGAAAGUCUUAUAAGGGAAACAUCGGAAUUGACGAUAUAUCUGUUGAGUAUGGCUCUUGUCCAAGUCCUGCUAAUUGUAAUUUUGAUAAUGGCUUUUGUGGCUUUGUUAAUGUGCAGGGCAGCGACAAGUUUGACUGGGAGCUGAACAGAGGUCCCACAGGCUCUCUCCAGACAGGUCCGCAAGUUGAUCACACGAGAGGGACGUCCUUGGGUACCUACACAUUCAUUGAGACUUCGCGAAGCUUGAGACUUGGAGACAAUGCUAUUUUAAAGAGUGAUCCUGUACAGUUCUCCGGCUCCACAAGCUGCUUGGAGUUCUGGUACAACAUGUAUGGAGCUGGAAUUGGUAACCUGACUGUGUACACAAGGUCAUCCUCUAGCAAUGUGACUAAUAAAAAAUGGGACUUGGGUGGGGAUCAAGGAAAUUCUUGGAAAAUAGCCAGGGUGGCACUUACAGAGUCUAGUCCGUUUGAGAUUAUGUUUGAGGCUACCUAUGGUGGGAACUACACAGGAGAUAUUGCUAUAGAUGAUGUGAGGACUUUUGGCUAUCGCUGUCCAACGGUGUACACCCCAAGACCUACAACACCACAAAGUACAUUAGCAAGUUAUCCUCCAACAUCUUUGAACUGCGACUUUGAGGAAGGAUUUUGUUUGUGGAAACAAAGCAAGACGGAUGACAUAGAUUGGUAUACUAGAAGUGGUCAAUUCACUCAGCUUUCUGGGCCACCUUCUGAUCACACACAUGAGGAUGCCAGUGGUCACUACAUAUAUGUGAGGGGGACUGGUCAAGGAACAAAUAUAGCCAUGCUAGAGAGCCCGACUGUUGCAAUUUCUAGUGGAGGAAUUUGCUUUAAGUUCUGGUACUUCAUGUAUGGAACAACAGUGGAUGGACUCAGCAUCUACGCCAAGUCAUCAUACGGCAUAAGAGAACUGCUCUGGACUCGGUUUGGCACUCGAGGCCCAGAAUGGAAGUUUGCUCAAGUACAUGUCCAGGAUAUGAAUGGGGAUACACAUGUCGUCAUCCAAGGUUCUGGUGGCUCAAGCUUUACAAGCAUAAUCGCUGUGGACGAUGUCAGCAUGAAUCAAGGGGACUGUCCGCAUCAACCUGGUUGUGACUUUGAAGACGGUCUUUGUAACUUUCAUCAGUUGGCAGGAGAUGACUUUGACUGGACCCUCAAAACAUCUAGGACUUUAAGCGUUAACACAGGGCCCCAGACAGAUCACUCUUUCUUGACAAGAGAAGGCCACUACAUUUAUACCGAGGCAUCCUCCCGAACCCCUGGUCAGUCAGCAAAGAUUGAGACACCUUUGCUUGAUCCUACCACAGCCUCUUGCCUGGUCUUUUGGUAUUCUAUGAAUGGUGCAGGGAUGGGUACUCUAAAUCUCUUGCAGUAUGAAGAUGGCACCUUGGAACAAUCUGCCCAAGAAAUCUGGUCUCAAUCUGGUCCUCAAGGCACUCGAUGGCAUCAAGCCACAGUCACGGUGUCGGACAGUCUGCACUUCCGCAUCAUCUUUGAAGGAAUUAUGGGUAGCAAUUAUACUGGUGACAUUGCACUUGAUGACAUCAUCUUAAUGCCAGGGAUGUGCCCAGGUCUGGGAACUUGUGACUUUGAAGGGGAAUUGUGCACCUGGACCAACAGCGAGGAUGAUGAUGACCUUGACUGGAUCAGACGAAGGAGUUUCUCCACCUAUAUGACCUAUGGUCCAAAUUUGGACCACACUCAGAAUACCAUCUACGGGGGCUCCAUGGUGAUGUCAAGGAUCUCAAACUUUGCGCAAGGCUCAACAGCACGCUUGACAUCUCCUACUCUGAGUGCACACACUGACUACUGCCUCAACUUUUGGUUUUACACAAGCGGCCAAGGCCAGGGCUCUCUAAAUGUCACAGUGGUGCCUAUGUCACAGCUGGCUGCCAAUAGCACUCUGCUGAGCAUCCCGGACACCAGUACCAGAAUGUGGAAGGUGCAACGUGUGACACUGAAGGCUCUAGAUGAGGAGUUUACUGUCGUCUUGCUGGGAAUUAUUGGCAAUUCUAGGUCUCGUUUUAUUGCUCUUGAUGAUAUUAGCAUACAAAAUGGAACCUGUGAGUCUCUGCCAAUGCCAGCGCAAACUAAAAAUGCCUUCCACUGCAGCAAAGACAACAAGUAUUUGACUCUCUCCCAAGUCUGUGACUUUGUCUAUGAUUGCUCUGAUGGUGAGGAAGAGAAAGAUUGUGGCUAUGAUUGCAGUUUUGAUAGCUCUGAGUGCAAAUGGAAAAAUGCGAGAUUCAGAUACAGCCAAAAAUGGGAAAUAAUCAGUGGACUAAAUUCUUCAAGAGGCCCAGACUUUGACCACACUCUGGGAUCAGCAAAUGGCAACUACUUGUCUUCUUCAUCGUCUGGUUCUAGUUUCCAAGAAAUCAGUUACAACAGUCCUUUGCUGCGGAGAUCUGCUCCAACUUGUGAGCUUGUGUUCUACCUCUAUGCAGAAAGUACAAAUCCCGGACAUUUUAGGGUCAAGAGAAAGGAGGGAGUACAGACAGUGACACUUUGGACAACUGAAGCUUCCCUUGGAAAUAGCUGGCUGCAACAAGUGAUACCACUGGGUAGCUCUAGUGCAACCUUUUCUGUGAUCUUUUCUGAAAGUACUAAUUAUGGCUAUAACUCUUUCUCUGUAGAUGACAUAAAGUUCAGAAACUGUGGCUAUCCUCAACCUGGUGACAGCUGUAAGGGACUCAACACGUUCAAGUGUAAGAAUGGAGCUUGCAUCAACCCGAGCCUGAAGUGUAAUUUUAUUAACGAUUGUGGAGAUGGCAGUGAUGAGAAUUCAACAACGUGUGCCUCUUUCCAUAGGUGUAAUUUUGAAGUCGAUUUCUGCAAUUGGACUCAAGAGGCCUAUGCAGAUAAUUUGGACUGGUCUCGGAAAAGCCAGGAUACUUCCAAAUAUCACGUUUUUUCAACAUUUCAAGACCAUACAAUUUCUGAGCCCUCCGGCCAUUAUCUCAGUCUCCAGGACUCUCAACAGUUUGCUGGGGACAAAGCCUGGCUACUGAGUCCUAUUUUGGACCAAACUUCACCUGGCUGUUACAUGAUUGUCCAUAUACACAUGUCUGAUGAAGAUGUAGGAAAUUUCAACAUCUACACUCGCACGGCUGUGGGGGGAUUCCUGUCUAAAGUGUUUAGUGUCCCGAGUCCUCCUGGUAAUUUCUGGAAGUCUUACAGGAUUCCUCUUAGCAGCACCACUCUCUUCCAGGUUGUUCUAGAAGCAGUAUUAGGCUAUUCGAGCACUGGCAUCUAUGGUGCCACUGACGCCAUAGGCUUAGAUGAUAUCAUCUUUUCUUCAGGCUGCAAGCUUUCCAUGACACAGCAGCUACCAACACUGAUUAUACCCUCCUCUACGGCUGCUACUAUUCCUAAUCCAUGUGGUGAUGACAGGCAGUGGCAGUGUGCUGACAAGAGCAAGUGCAUCCGAUUGUCUCAGAAAUGUGACUUCAGCUAUGACUGUCAGGAUCACUCCGAUGAACAGAACUGCGGAGCUUGUGAUUUUGAAACCUCACAGUGUGGCUGGAGGGACAUGAGCAGUGGUGAAUACAUCUUCAGCCGAGUCAAUUCCUCUUCAACAGAUGUGAUGAUCAAGCCAAGUCAUGACCACACGGUAGGUCAAGGUGGAACUGGCUGGUUCCUCCUGGUUCGAGACACUGGGCUUGGCUAUGCCAGCUACUCAAUUUUGGAGUCUCCCAUAUAUGGGGCCACAGAAGCCGGAUGUGAAAUUCAGUUUUAUUACAUGAUGGAAUAUACAGCUGGCCGUCUCAGGGUGUACCUGUAUCCAAAAGAUACCAAUGACUACAGGUCUGUCCAAGGAGCUAUCCUCCUCAGCUCUCCAUAUGCAUUCUCUACUUGGAAUAAGAGGACUAUUGGUAUAGGGUCGAGAGCUCCCGGAUUUAAGAUAAUCUUCAGAUAUGAGUAUAAGAGUGCUCCCACUUCCUAUAGCCUUGCCAUUGAUGACAUAUCUUUCAGCAAGUCUUGCUUCAAAACCCAAAGCACUGGAAGCUGUGGAAGUGGCCAGUUUGAAUGUAGCGGUUCUUCUGAGUGCAAACCAUCAGGUGUUAAAUGUGAUCUCGCGAAAGAUUGUGCCAAUGGCUUUGAUGAACAAAAGUGCAAUUCAUACACUCUUUGUGAUUUUGAAAGGGGCACAUGUGGCUUUGUAAUUUCCAGAACAUUGCAACUGAACUGGGGCUUGAUAAAAGGCCAGUACCAAACAGGAGCAGUUGGCCAUCUGGCACGAGAUCAUACAUAUGGUAAUCAGACUGGAGGCUUCAUGUAUAUAAACACUCGUUUUGAUUCUGGAGUCAAUGACACAGCUAGACUAAAGAGCAGGAUAUUUUUCCCUCAUCCAAAUGGAAAAUGUGAAAUGCGUUUUUUCUAUUAUGCCCAAAGUAAUGUAACCACUAGACUAAAUGUUUAUACCGAGACCCAGGAAGGAGGAGCGUUGUCUCUAAAGUGGUCUUUACCUGCACAGACAGGUGAUGAAUGGAAGAAAGCAGUGGUCACUCUGGAUGACUCCAGCCUUUUCCGUGUGGUAAUUGAUGGGACUCCAGGCUCAGUGAGCUCCAACAUUGGCUUAGAUGAUUUUUCUUUCACUCCUGAAUGUCUUCCUGCCACUCGUGUCUACUCAUUACCUGAUGCUAGGCCUCGAGUGUCCUCCACGGGUUCCUGUACUCAUGCUUCAGGCCCAGGUUUUCUCUGUGAUGGCAAGUGUAUGCCACUUAAGGCAAUGUGUGAUUUCCACCAGGACUGCACUGAUGGCACAGAUGAGAAAGACUGCCCUUCUUCUUGUGACUUUGAGAGUGGUAUGUGUGGCUGGCGAACCCAGGCUACCAGAAGCUCCUACUCCUGGGUCAGAACACCAGGCAAUACCUUCAACUAUAAUGACCAUAAGCCGGGCACAGCAAAUGGCCACAUCUUGUAUCCCAAAGCCAACACAUCAUUGUACUCUGCUUAUACUGCUCUUGAGUCUCCCAUCUUCAGCACGCAAAACCGUCUUUGUUCUUUCUCAUUCUGGUAUCGAGCUGAGAGAAGGCCAUCUAUGUUUAGUGUAGGGCUUAGACAGAGAGGUUUCGAUACUUUCUUGUGGCCCCUUACUUUGGAUUCUCGAGUUUCUGGUUUGACAAACUGGACUAAAGCCUCUGUAAAGAUCCCAUCUUGUGCAGCUGACAGUCAGAUUAUAUUCAACCUGAAAAGUUACCGUCACACUGGCGUUCCUGAUAUAUUUCUUGAUGAUUUUGCUUUUGAGCACUGUGAGCGUCCAGCCAUAAGACAGUGUAAGGUUGGAGAAUUUACUUGUACUGAUGGUUCUUGUAUUCCAGAGGACCAAAAAUGUGACCUCAGCCGGGAUUGUUGCGAUGGCUCUGAUGAAGCGGAUGGUGUCUGCUAUCCGUUUUCUUAUUCGACAUUUGAAAAUGGUCUCGGUGACUGGAAAACCAAAAUUAGCACUGGUGUAGAGUGGUCAAUAAGACAACCGCUUAUUUCAAGUAUAUCAUACUCUUACCCUAGUUCGAGCAGGGCAACGCAUGACCACACAACUAUGUCUCAGUUUGGCCAUUACCUGUCCUCAGGUAGCAUAUACUCAUCAUAUCUUUAUAAUUCAACGUCUUCUAUUUCCCGUAGUAUGCCUGCAAUAGAUCAAGUGUGUGAGGUCCGUUUCUGGUAUUUGACAGCUGGCAUGGACUCUGGAAAGCUUUCUAUUUACACAGAGACUAGCAGUGGUCUGAAAAAAUACCGCAAGAUAAUCAAUGCCGAGGUGACAGGACAGUGGAAAAAAGAGAAAUUCUCUUACACUCUCAAUGAUGUGCAUCAGCUUGUCUUUGAAUCUGUCAAUGGAAAAGGUGCAUCAAGCUCAAUGAAUGUUGAUGACAUUAUCUUCAGUCCCUUCUGUAAUCUGCCAGCCUCACCACCGCCUACAGGAUCACCUACCACAGCCAAACCACAGAUCACCUCUCCCAAACCCGCAUGCCCCGGGGGAAAUUUCCGCUGUGUUACAAGUGGCACCUGCAUCAAUCAGAAGAACGUCUGCAACUUCCACAAAGACUGCAGCGAUGGCAGUGACGAAGCUGUGUGCCACGAUCUGAAGGUGUGCUCAUUUGACUCGAACCUUUGCUCCUGGAUGGAGAUGCAAGUAGACAACCUGGACUGGCAGCAGGGCCAGCCCUCUUCAAUCCCGGAAAGCAAAGGACCCCGUAGAGAUAGCGCUGGCACCAGUGGUGGCUACGUCUACCUCAAUGAUAAGAACAAUGGCAACACAGCCGGCCAGGUUGCUAGCUUGACCAGUGGACAGUUCAAACUGGCGGCAGCUGAAUGUGUUCUCAGUUUCCGUUACUUUAUGUCAGGCUCUGGAGCAGGUCGUCUCAACCUCAACAUCAACUCUGCAGGCUUAACAACUACUCUCUGGACUCAAACAAAGAGUGCUGGUCAGUGGACCCACGUUAAUGUCGGAAUUGGCAGGCGCACGUCACCAUUCACCCUCAGUUUUAACAGAGCCCAGUCAUCCAGCUUCUCAGGACAGAUGGCGCUGGACAGUUUGGAAUUCAAAGGUUGCGGACUGCCCCAAUCCUCCGGUGCGUGCUCAAAUGAUAAGUUCAAGUGCACCAGUUCUGGAGCGUGCGUGAGCAAAAUGUUGACUUGCAAUCUCCAAGACGACUGCGGUGACAAAUCAGACGAGACUGAUGCCAGUCUCCAUUGUGACAAAUACACUUCCCUCACGUUUGAGACGUCAAUGGGGGGUUUGCAGCAGGUGACUUCUGAGCAGCUGGACUGGCAAAGAUGGGACUCCAGCCAGCCUCUGAUCCCUGGUCUGUCUGGCAUUGACCACAGCACCAGUCUGUCUUCCGGACACUACCUCUUUGUGAAAGGUCAACCCAACACGGGAACUGGGGACAGUGCCUGGCUCGUAACUGAUGUUUUUGGCGCUACAACACCUGCCAAGUGUGAGGUGAGUUUCUUUGCCCUGAUUCCCUCGUCAAAGCAAAGCAUCAAGGUUGGACUGAGGACUCACAGCAAUGGAGGCCCAGACUUGCACCUGCACCUCACUACCUCAGUGGCAGGUACCUACUGGCAGCUGAUGAUGACCUCUGUCAUUUCAAAUAGCCCAUUCCAGCUCAUCUUCCAGGGGACCCCCGGUGACCCUGACGGUGCUUUGGCUAUUGAUGACGUCGUCUUUGGACCAGGAUGCAUACUCGAGAAAAGUCUACCCCUUCCAUCGUGGCCGGUGACAAAAGCAGCUUGUGUGACUGGCCAGUUUGCCUGCACAACUGAUAACAAGUGUAUCUCUUUUUCUAAGAAGUGCGAUGCCGUUGCAGACUGCUCUGAUUCAGCUGAUGAAAAAGGAUGCAACUGCACCAAUUAUUGCUCCAAUGGUGGCCAAUGUCUUCAAGACUCGAAUCAAAUCAGAAAAUGCCGCUGUGUUGGAGGCUUUGGUGGGCCCAGAUGUAAAGUUCCUGCAAAAUCGUCCACACCAACUCCUCGUCCAGUAACACCUACACCAGCACCAAGAACUAACGCCCCAAGCUCUACUCCUGCGCCUGGUCCCAAGUUCAGUAGCGAAAACCCACCUCCAGUUAGUUCUACACCUACUCCUGUCUCUAGGCGCUCUGGCCAGGCUCUCACUGGUGGUGGAAAUGAUGACUGGAAGCCUGCAGUUGGUGUGGUCGUCCCUCUGGUUCUUGUAGUCAUCGUUUGUGUUUCUGUUUAUGUCUACUUACGCAAGACCAACAAAGUUCCGGCCGUCAACUGGACAUCCAUCAGUGCCAGACUCCCAGGUUCUAGCUUCCGAAGGUUAGGCCGAAGAAAUGAUCAGAGCGAAGAGGGAGGCCUGAAUAACCCGAUCUAUGACUACGGCAGUGGAGGAGGGUACGCCAUGCAGGAUAUAGAGCCUCCAUCUUUGGAGGAACAGAAAGAGAGCUACAACGCUGGCACGGGUGUCCAGUUAAGCAAUGCUUCCAUGUCUUUGGAGAACCCUAUGUACCAAGAACAAGGCAAUUCGGAUGCUUAGACUGGUUCACCAAGGACAGCAUCACUUUGAUGUCAACGACCCUUGUUUGAUUAGCUUUCCCAGUUGAUUUUUCUUGAUUGAUUUCUUGUAAUUGUUAUUGAGAGAAUUAUGUAUGAUUUAACCGUACCCCUUGUCCCAAAUCACUUGAAUUUUAUUUAUUAUUGUUAUUUAGAGAAUUAUGUAUGAUUUAAAUGUACCCAUUGUCUCAAAUUGCUUGAAUUUUUUCCCUCUUUCUUUUUAAUCCAUUUUGUAGUCUAAUGAACUUUUGUUUGUUUUAUUUUUUUACUGAUUGUUAAAACAUUUUAAAAAUAAUACAUGAUUGAACAAUAAACCAAUAAUAGCAUUCCUUUA